AUGGACUGUGGUAUAGUUUUCCAAAACCAUUUGACUAACGAGCGAAGAGUAAUAACAAUCUUAGUUAUCAUCACACCUCUUUUAACUCCGAUCACAACCAACACUUCACCACCACCAUGGGACAUCCUAUCCAGCGACAACUUCGCCGGAAAACUCACUACCGCAUCCUCCUCCGUCGAAUCAACUGCCACUGAUUUUGGCCACAUCACCAAAAUCCUUCCCUCCGCCGUCUUAAACCCUUCCUCCAUCCAAGACAUCACCGAACUCAUAAAACUUUCUUUUGACUCUCAACCCUCUUUUCCUCUAGCCGCUCGUGGCCACGGACACAGCCACCGUGGCCAAGCCGCCGCCAAAGACGGAGUCGUAAUCAACAUGCGGUCAAUGGUAAACUUGGACCGAGGCAUUAAGGUGUCUAGGACCGGUUUAUACGCUGACGUGGACAGUGCGUGGCUAUGGAUUGAGGUAUUGAAUAAAACAUUGGAGUUAGGGUUAACGCCGGUUUCUUGGACGGAUUAUUUGUAUUUAACGGUCGGUGGAACGUUAUCUAACGGCGGUAUAAGCGGACAAACGUUUCGGUAUGGUCCACAGAUCAGUAAUGUUCUAGAGAUGGAUGUUAUUACUGGAAAAGGAGAGAUUGCAACUUGUUCCAAACACAUGAACGCAGAUCUUUUCUAUGCCGCGUUAGGAGGUUUGGGUCAAUUCGGAAUAAUAACAAGAGCAAGAAUCAAACUCGAAUUAGCUCCGAAAAGGGCUAAAUGGUUAAGGUUUCUAUACACUGAUUUCUCCGAAUUUACAAGAGACCAAGAACGAUUGAUAUCAGAAACGAACGGUCUAAAUUUCGUGGAAGGUUCCGUUUUGCUGGACCAUGGCCCACCAGAUAACUGGAGAUCCACUUACUAUCCACCGACUGAUCACUUGAGGAUCGUCUCAAUGGUCAAAGAACAUCGUGUCAUCUACUGCCUUGAAGUCGUCAAGUAUUACGACGAAACUUCUCAACACUCAGUCAACCAGGUCCGUACACAAUAUACACAAUUAUACAAGUAUUAUUAG